CUCUGUGUCCCCACAGUGCCAGAUGACCUCACCCCUGAGGAGCAGCAUGAGCUGGAAAAAAACAUCCGCCGACGCAAGCAAGAGCUGCUGGAAGACAUUCAGCGUCUGAAGAAUGAGAUAGCAGAAGUCACCAGUGAGAUCGAGAACCUGGGUUCCACAGAGGAGAGGAAAAACAUGCAGAGGAACAAACAAGUGGCCAUGGGCCGAAAGAAAUUCAACAUGGACCCUAAAAAGGGGAUUAAGUUCCUGAUUGAGAACGACCUGCUUAAGCACACCAGCUCUGACAUCGCCCAGUUCCUGUACAAGGGGGAGGGGCUAAACAAGACCGCCAUCGGAGACUACCUUGGGGAGAGAGAUGAGUUCAACCUCCAGGUCCUCCAUGACUUUGUGGAGCUCCAUGAAUUUACCGACUUGAACCUGGUCCAGGCCUUGAGGUAAGAGCCUCCCAGUGGGGCUUUAUAACCAUCCAGGCCCUGAGGUAAGAGCCUCCCAGUGGGGCUUUAUAACCAUCCAGGCCCUGAGGUAAGAGCC